AUGUUCGCUCAGCUGUAUCAAGCCAUGAUCCAUGUAUUGAUUGGGCCCAUACAUAAUGAGGCGCUAAAACGACGCACUGUGCUCGAAUUCGGUCACCGUGUCCGCGAUCUGCACAUCCACCAUGGUCCCGAAGAUGACACCUUCGCGCUGCCGCCUAGACGAAGUCUGAACAUUACUUGUACAAACCUGGCCUCACUCUUGCUCCACUCUACCUCUAUUUGUGGCAUCAUCGCCAUCAGCGCGUCCUUCACAGUAGAGGAGCCCGGCGCGUCUUGUUGUUGCGCACUACUCGAUGCUCUGCAGCUUCACCUCAACGCCGCAAUCAUCAUGGCGUUGUCCGACUUGAGAAAUACUUUGCUUACUAGCGACAGCAAUGGCUUGUUGUGGUUCUUUCUCCUGGGCAUCGUCUUGCUUGUCGGCGGAAGCCAAGCGCGGACCAACCUUGAGAAUGCGGCACUCCCGAUCUUUUCCAUCUCGAUGGGUGGAUCCGAGAAGAUAUACAUCAUUACGGCGCCGCAGCUGAUCCAGGUUGCAAUGAAGAACAAAUCCUUGAAUCUUUACCCGGUGAUGGCGGAAUUCGCACAGAAGAUGGUCGGUCUAGGACCAAAUGUCAUGGACUUGUUCCACAAUCCACCAAGCGAUGGCUCUGUCUCGUGGAUUGAGGACCAACAUCCAUCUUUUGCGCCCCUGGCUCCUGGUCCUGAUCUACAGGAGAUGAACACCUACGUCCUAAACAAGAUCUCGGAGACCAUCAACUCCAUCGGACCUGAUUACGAGACCAAGAAGCUGUACAUGUGGUUCAGGGACUCCUUCACCAUGGCCACGGUUGGCUCCCUCUUCGGCGACAAGAACUCUUUGAUGCAGGAUCCGACCUUGAGCAAGAAUCUGUGGGACUAUGAUGGUGGCCAAGCGGAGUUACUCAUGAAACCGCUACCCUCUAUCACAGUAUCAAAGGCAUACAACGGCCGCGCCAAGGUGCAAAAGGCUCUUCGGAAAUACUUCCGCGAAGAUUAUGAUCACAUCACCGAUGCCAGCAGUGUCGUCAAGCGGCGCGUGGCAGUCAACCGAAAAUGGGGUCUGCCCAUUGACGACAUCGCAGACCACGAGUUCGGAAUGCUCUUUGUGAGCGUGACUAAUGCUAUUCCGACACUCUUCUGGAUGAUGUGUUAUGUGUUCCGCGAUGCCGAUCUUGUUGCCGACUUGCAAAAGGAGCUUCUUGCCCUUGCUGUGAUCCAGCAGCAAGACAGCGAUGCUAGCGGGAGCCGCCCGUCUCGGAAGUGUACUUUCACCGUUGCCAAGUUCCGUACAGAAUGCCCCUUGCUGGUGUCUACUUACAAGGAAGUCAUGCGCCUGACAAAUCGCUCGACGGGUACACGCCGUGUCGUGGAGGACACAUUGAUCAGCUACACACCACCCGGAGAAGGCGGCGAAACAAAGACCUACCUGCUCAAGAAGGGUGCAAACAUUCAAAUCCCUGCCAUCAUCACCAACUUUGGCCCCGACGCGUGGGGCGAGAAUGCACACGAAUUCAAUCCGCGGCGGUUCAUGACCGCAGACAGAGAACGAGAGCGGGCGCAAAACCGCGCCUUUAACCCUUUCGGUGGCGGUAAACACCUUUGUCCCGGACGUUUCUUUGCCGACGCGGAAAUAUUGGGGGCGAUGGCUGCGUUGGUGCUAGGAUUCGAGAUUGAAACUCCGGCUGGUGACAGGAUCGAAGUUCCGCAGAUCAAUAACAAUCUGGCUGAGGCUGUUGGAAAACCCUUAACGAGCGUUCAGGAGAACAUGCUUGCGAGGAUUCGGCGGAGGCCAGGCUGGGAGGAUGUGGAGUGGGCGUAUAUCGCGAACAACUUUGUUGUAGUUCUUCGCAAUAUGAGGCCGUUGCGGUCCCGGGCCGGCGUCAUUCGCGGAAAGCCGGUGAGGGAUUCACACUUCCUCUUCGUUUGCCAACAACUCGACGUUCCUUAUCACUUUGCAGAAUCAAUGGUGCCAAACCCAAGCCAGGCACUUGCCGUCAUUCCGGGCGAUGCCCAGGGCCAGGUCAUAUUCUCAGAUGUCCCGCUCAGCUUCAUGAUGGGUGUCGACUCAAAGACCGGCAUCGUCGCAGAUGCACACCACCCCCUCCGCGGCACAUCUCUCAAAGACUCUGUCCUCGUCAUCCCUGCUGGUCGCGGAUCAUGUUCCGGCAGCAGCGCAAUCGCAGAGCUGAUACUUUGCGGCAAUGCACCCGCAGCCCUUAUCUUCAGGGACGUGGAGAUGAUUCUCACCCUGGGAGUUUUAGUUGCCGAGAAGAUGUUCGACAAGCGCAUUCCGAUUGUCUUCCUUUCAGACGCAUCGCACUUCGAAAUCUUCCGUCAAGCUUCGACAGUGCAAAUAAACGAAACGAGCUUGUUGGUUUCACCAGGCGGCCACAAGAUUGACUUGGUGCCACAAAGCGUAAAGGCGUUAGAGUUGAAUCCAACAGACAAAGCCAUCUUGUCUGGCGAGAGCGGCGAGGCUUCUCGUAUCGCAAUGGAAAUCAUCGUUAAGUACGCCACGAUACAGGGGGCACAACGCCUGAUUGAUGUUUCUCAAGUCCAUGUGGACGCUUGUGCCUACGUUGGCGAAAGCAGUCUCUUCGUCCCUGAGCGCCUGCUCUCCCUCGGAGGAAAGUUUGUCGUACCAUCGACCUGCAACUCCCUGAAUGUCGACCGGCAGAGGUGGAAGGAAUUGGGAGCCAACCCCGAGAUCUCUCAAAUAUCUGACAAGAUUGGAGACACGUAUCUCAAGCUGGGCGCCAAGAUGAGCUUCACCUGCGCUCCGUACUUGCUCGAGAGUAAGCCUAAAGCCGGAGAGCAAAAGUAUCCUGAUUAUAUGGACGUUUUCAUUGCAUUGACCGGAAGGGCUCCUUAUGCCGGGUGUCAUGUGCCAGAGGGCAGGAAGCCGGAAGUCACAAUCAAGAUCCCUGUUGUCAUUGGAAUGGAGACGACACGACCGACCGUAUCGGAUCUGAAGGCAUUCGGGGCGGGGUUCGCAACGAGUUCAUCUGCUCCCAUGUUUCACAUCAAUGGCAUCACGCCAGAGGCUGCAAGUUUCGAAGAUGCACUCACCACUCUAGAAACCAUCGAGGUGACAAUUCCUGAACUUCAGUUGGCCUGGAGACAGCUCAAUACGGCUACGGACCCUUCUGUCGAUAUCGUCUCCCUAGGAAAUCCGCACUUUUCCCUAGAAGAAUUCUCACAACUUGCCGAAGUGUGCCGCGGCAGACACAAGUCACCUAAUGUCGAAGUCAUGAUCACCACUGGCCAUGAAACAUACACAGAGGCCCUGAAACUCGGCUAUCUAGACGUUAUCGAGAACUUCGGUGCCCGGCUGAUAACGGAUACGUGUUGGUGCAUGAUAGAGGAGCCGGUCGUUCCUCUGAAAGCAAGAAACGCUAUGACAAACUCUGCCAAAUAUGCUCACUACGGCCCGGGGAUUGUGGGUAAGAAGUUUCACUUUGGAGAUGUUGUCGCGUGCAUCAAGGCGGCAAGUAGAGGCCAUAGACAUGAAGACGAGAUGAGCCCGCGGUGGCUUUUCCGGUUGAACAACUGCAAAAUGAGCAAGUUGUCCUUGACGCCUUAUGUAUCAAUUCACUACCGAGAGCGUCAUACCCAAGAAAAGCACGAUGCGAACGGAACGAGGUCAAUGCUCUGGAUGUACGGCGUAACAAAUAACGAGAUUGUCAUCUAUGAAAUCAACGCGACUUGGCACUGGAUCUGUUGCGGGAAUGACGGACGACAUGUGAUCCAAGGCAGCAUUAUUCCUACAGGCCUUCAGAGGAGUUAUGAUGCAGGAUUCAAUUUUUUCGGUCGUGUUUAUCCAUCUCGCGCAGACGCUCCUUUGAGGCUGAGAUUCACCAGUUUAACGUCUGUCAUCUCGCGCAUCUUGGCUUUCCAGGCACCCGAGUUUCAACUCAACAAUAUCGAUCUUGGCUGUGUUCUCAGCGGCCGUCCCAACUUCAGCUUUCGCCAAUUCGAGCCCAAUGAAGCCUUGAAGGAUCUUCGAAGGACCAGAACCACGCGAUGGCAUGGAUCUGUUUCCGGAGAGAAGGAAUCAUCACCAGAGUCCAGCCCCUUUGGCCCGCUGUUGAGAACUUGCAACCCCACGAAGGCCAUCUAA